AUGGAAACAUACGAACGUAGCCAGUACGAGGUGUCCGAUGCCAGCUACGCUCAAUUGAGAAAUCUCGAGGCUUCCCAGAGACCGGAAGUGAUCGAGAUCGAUGAAGACGAGGAGGAGGAGGAGGAGGAGGAGGAUGGAGCCCGAACACCAGUUAGAGCGGCGACGAGAAACGACACGGUGUCGAUUUUAGAUUCCGAGGCAAUCGAUAACAUGAUGGUUGAAGCAAGGGGGGAUGUGGAGGAGGAGGAGGAGGAGGAGGAAGGGGAAAACUACGAAGACGAUGAUGACAGAACGGUUGUGGACGAGACGGAGGAUGUACAUGUGACGACAGUAAUCGAUAGCUUUCUAAAUACGCCAGAGUUCCAAGCGCCAGAAGAACCGGAAAGUCCAGCAUACGACUUGUUCGAUGACAGCGAAGAAUCUCGGUGGGUGUUUAAUGUACCAACUCCCGGAGGAGGAGGAGGAGGACAACAACAACAACCAGAGGAGAACGCGGAAGAGCGCGAAAUUGAAACCGAGUCUUUGGUGAAACAAGUGGAGAGCAUGCAAAGGGAAAAGGAUAUGAUCUUGGCCGAUGCCAAAAAUAAUCUGAAACGGACGCAGGAGGAAUUGGCAGAGGCAAAGUCCGCCGCCGAGCGAGCCAAGACAGAAUUUCACGAGUCACGAAUGUCGGAAUUAGAAGACAGAAUGAAGGAACAGUCGGAUGCGCAGGCUACGAUCAAGCAACUGGAAGCUGAACUGAGUGCUAAGAAGAAAAGCUUGCGCCAAGACGACGUGAAGGUGAGCGUGAUGUCAGAGGAACUGAAAAAGGUCAGAGAGAACAUAAAAGAAUUGAGCGAGAGAGCAUACGAAAGCGCAACCGAAACCGAAGAUAGCAUUUCGGACGAUAACGUUCGAGUCGGAUUCGACGCUCUAACCGCCAGAAUCGAGGACGGCCAGCGGUAA